CCUUGCCGGCGGAAGCAAGCAACACGUAUACAGUGGGCUACAACAAUCUUGCAGGCAGCAGAGAAGCAACUCCAAUUUGCUAUUUUCAUAAAAGUCGAGCAGUUUGAAAGGCCUCAACGGGUUCAAAACAGUUGUCAUGGCAUUGCCAACAGGAGCUUCUGCAGCGGUCUCCCUGCUUCUUACCAUCACGUUGUUUGCUCUGAUGCAGAUCUUCAAGGAGAUCAUUUCAUCAACUGAAUAUUUCACCAUUGCUGGAGGAUUUAUGGGCUCACUUUUGUUCAUAACCCUUCUCACUUUUGUGAGCAACAUGGAGGUGUUCCUCUUCGGAAAAGGCUUUCAGACUCGAUUGUUCCCUGAAGUUAUUGCCUGCCUCUUCCUUGCCAUGUUUUCAUCUGCCCUUGUUCACAGAGUUUGUGUCACAACAUGCUUCAUUUUUUCAGCAGUGGCUCUCUACUAUAUCAACCGGAUAUCUCAAAGUAUGUACGCUCCACCUGUGGCUGCUGCAAGUGUUUCUUCCAAGAAGAAGAAGUAAAUUUGAAAAUAUUUUUCACUUCUCAUGGUCUUACUUAGUCAUUGAAUAAAAAAUUAACAUCCAAUAUUGUUUAAAGAAUGUAUGAGGUGUGGAAUGAGGAAAGAAGUCCAGUACCAUAACGAAGUUCAGCUUUAUAUCACAGGCUUAAUAGUGAAAGUUCUGUAGUUGAUGUACUUUAUUUGUAUGACCAGUCUCUAAAGCUGCAGCUUUUUCAUUUUUUUUAUGUUGAUAAAAACGUGUUAUUUUAAAAGGUGUUUGAGUUGAGUGUUUUGUGAUUCUUUGUGGUCUCUAUAUCACUUGUGGAGCAUAAAAAUUUGUUGUGUCACUGCUCUUUAUGUUUGUUGUAAUAAAAAAUAUUUAAAUCUUC